AUGGGGAAUGAUCCUAAGGGCUACUACCGCCUAUUAGGGUUGCAACAAGAUGCCACGCUUAAUGACAUCAAGAAAAGGUAUCGUGAAUUAGCACUCAAAUACCACCCAGAUAAAAAUCCAAAUGAUCGAGAACUGGCUUCAGAGAAAUUUAAACAACUGGCCCAGGCCUAUGAUGUACUUUCUAACCCUGAAAGCAGGGCUGCUUAUGAUUGUGGCACAAAUGGCACUAAAAACUUUGUUGGGACAAAUUUUGGCUUUCAUGACGCUGAAAGAAUAUUUGAAAUGGUAUUUGGGUCAGAUCUCUUUGAAGAUAUAUUUCGUUCUGGCUUUGCCACCAGCUCUAGUACUAGUGCCAGAACCAACGUAAAAUUCAAUGGGGGCAAUAAGGGUCGAAAUAGGAGGCAAAGGAAUCGAAAUUUUGACGAUUUCUUUGAUGAAUCCCCUCCUAGUUUCUUCACUUUCGAAGAGGAAUUUGAUGAUUUCCCAGAUUUCGGUGGAUUUGGUGGCUUUAAUGAUUUCGGUAGAGGGAUUUUCCAGCAAAUGCUAUCACAGCAGUCGCGCAAUUUUUCUAGUUUUAAUAGAGGCCCAGUCCAUGUCCAGUCAUCUGUCACUUGCUAUACAAAUGGCGUUGGAACUACGAGAGUUUCUAAAUCAGUUAGGGAUGUAAAUGGAAGAACCACAGGAGAGUUUACUGAAUACUAUGUAGAUUCGGGAGGCAAUACUCAUAUAAGAUCUGGGACAAUUGGUGGUAAUACCAGCAGGGACAAUAAUCGUCGCAUAGGAAAUCGCCGCCACUAG